CCGGUUGUUGUUAGCCGGCAGUAUCCCUUCACUGUAACGCGAGGACUAUAUGUACAUCCGUCUAAUUGCGAGACGGGGAAAGUGAAAGCGGGCGAGAGCCGUAAAGCCGAGACGGUAGUACAGCGCGGAAGAGAGAGAGGGCAGGAAAGACAACACACGUUUCAGCGUUUCAAGUGAGAACAGAGAGUUUGACGUGCGCGUCAGGGACGCGGGGAUGGUCUGAACUGACACAUUAUCAGUUUUUUUCGAACGAUUUUUUUCUUCCCGUAGAUAUGUGUGAAUUAAGUAUGCGUUUGAGCUAGGGGGUUUAAACAGCAAGGCACGGUGUUUGUUCCCGGACGGCAGCCCAGUACGACCCCGCGAUCUCAGAAAUACUGCUCUAGGACAGCUUUCACAGGCUGACCACGGUGAUGAGCCUUGGAAGAUAAUGGCUGCACUUCAGAGUGUGACUUUUCCGUGGAGAAAUAUCACCACAAAUCAAAUUAACUCCAGCGGGUGCGAGGACGACCUUCCUCAUUCCAGCCGUCCCCGUGUGCCCCAGAAGAAGGCGGGAAAUCCAAGCCUCUUCAGAGCUAGCUCAGCGGAGGUCGCUCUGAUCCCGGGAGCAAAGCUGGCCGCUGUGACGUUGAUGCGCGCUGCUGGAGGCCCUUUCAUCGCCGCGCCGCUGCCCCCCGCCUGAGCCCCGCCAUGGCCAUGAGCACCGACCCCGGCCGCGCGCCGGAGCUGGACUCGGAGCACCAGACGGAGCUGGCCGACAUGGUGGCCGCCAUCGACGUGGCCGCCGACAAGGACGGCCGGGCCAACGGCGUGAAGAACGGGACGCAGGAGCCCGGCGCCAAGAAGCCGGCCCCGCGGCCCCUGCUGUCCAACAGGAAGCUGUCCCUGCAGGAGCGCGGGACCUACCUGGCGGCGGGCGGCUCCAGCUACUCCCACAUCUCCCCGAGAGUGGCCCGCCGGCCCACCAUCGAGUCCAAGCGCGUGUCCAUCUCCGACGCCCAGGACUGUAUCCAGCUGAACCAGUACAAGCUGAAAAGUGAAAUAGGAAAGGGCUCGUAUGGUGUGGUGAAACUGGCGUAUAACGAAGAUGAUGACAAGUAUUAUGCAAUGAAAGUUGUCUCCAAGAAGAAGAUGAUGAAGCAGUAUGGAUUUCCACGUCGUCCCCCUCCCAGAGGACCUAAAGCAGCCCAGGGGGAGCAGGCUAAGGUCCUGGGGCCUCUGGAGAGGGUGUACCAAGAGAUCGCCAUUCUCAAGAAACUGGACCACCUCAACAUUGUCAAACUAGUGGAGGUCCUCGACGAUCCAUCUGAAGAUAACCUUCAUAUGGUAUUUGAGCUUAUGCAGAAAGGUCCGGUGAUGGAGGUCCCCUGCGAAAACCCUUUCUCAGAGGAACAGACUCGCACCUACUUCAGAGACAUCGUCCUGGGCAUAGAAUACUUGCACUAUCAGAAGAUCAUCCACCGAGACAUCAAGCCCUCCAACCUGCUCCUAGGGGACGACGGCCACGUCAAGAUCGCCGACUUCGGCGUCAGCAACCAGUUUGAGGGAAACGAUGCGCUGCUGUCCAGCACGGCCGGGACCCCUGCCUUCAUGGCUCCCGAGACCCUGUGUGACAACCGCAAGAGUUUCAGCGGGAAGGCCCUGGAUGUAUGGGCGAUGGGAGUGACCCUCUACUGUUUCGUGUUUGGGAAGUGCCCUUUUAUAGACGAGUACAUCCUCGCUCUGCACAAUAAGAUUAGGACAAAACCUGUGGAGUUCCCCGAGACGCCAGCCAUCAGUGAGGACCUGAAAUCGCUCAUUCUGAGAAUGCUGGACAAGAACCCUGACACGAGAAUCACCAUCCCAGAGAUCAAGCUGCACCCUUGGGUGACUCAGAACGGCACUGACCCGCUGCCCUUGGAGGAGGAGCACUGCACCGUGGUGGAGGUGACGGAGGAGGAGGUGCAGAACUCGGUCAAGUUCGUCCCCAGCCUCUCCGCCGUGAUCCUGGUUAAAGCCAUGCUGAGGAAGCGCUCCUUCAGUAACCCCUUCGAGUGUCCGAGCAGGAGAGAGGAGAGGUCCAUGUCCGCCCCCGGGAACCUGCUCAUGGACACCUGGCUGUUCCGCUCCUCUCUAAAACUCCACCCCUCAUUAAGGAAGGGCAGCAGUGGAGAGGGGAGCAGGGAAGGGGAGCUGGAGGACCUGCACGAGGACGAACCCUCGGCCUGAGUGGGUCUGUGAAGCCUUCUCCACACCCCUACCACCCGGCCCGGCACCUCUUACCUCAGCACUCCUGGUCACGCCCUGCUCCCCUUCAUGGCAAAACACCAAAAUUUCUCCAGACGGGAGCUCUUUUUUUUUUUUUUUUUUUAACCUGGAGAAACUGCAAAAUCAAAGUCCAUGGGAUGUCUUUUACUCUGCGGUUUACAGGCGUGUAGAGAAUGCUUGUAUUUUAUUACUGUUGUUACUGUUCUUAUUCCGCCUGCUUGUGGUAGCAGCACCGGACUGUGUCUAUCCCUGUGUCCUGUUCAGUGUAGCCUUAUUCAAACCCAGCAUGUACAGCACAUCAUUUCAGGCGCCAGUGGUCUGUAUUGUUAUCGCAGAAUCUUCAGAAAUGGCUUGAGAUGGUUCUGAUACUGAUGUCUGACUUGUGUGAAAGAAGCGAAGUCUUCAAAGCGAAAGCCUCUCGCUGCCCGAGGUCUAGAGGAGGACCUGCAGCUGAGCGUCUGACAGGUUGGGGGAGGGUGGGAGGGAGGAACACGUCCCCCGGUUCCCUGCACAGUGCAGGCCUCAGCAUGAAGCCUGUAUGAUAAAGGACCCUGCAGUCCAAGGUGAGGCAGCCACUGACACAGAGAGAGCGUGUCACGCCAGAGCAAUGUUAGUAACGUGAGGUUAACCCUAUCCCACCACUGGAAAGGAACAUUUAACACCCCUGGCAGAGCACACUUCCCCUUAGCUGCCUAAAGUUGGUUCUACAGAAAGUCUGUCUUUCACGUUUGGAAUUACUAUCCUUCUAAUGUAGACCCUGCUCCUGGUAGCUGUUCUAGCAUUUUAACCAUCUGUCCAAUAUCAUUUGCCAAAAAAAAGCUCUUUCAUUCAUGCACAGGGAUGAUAAUUAUAUUUGCUAAAAAAUCAGUCGUGGUCAUUUAAUUUUUUGUUGUUUCAGUGAAACGGGCACAUACAGCAGCUUUUGUCUCCCUCUCUCACCCUCUCUCUACCCCUCUCUGUCACUCUUGCUUUCACUCGGUUUGACAGGCGUGUUGCAGUUACAGCCGUAGGCCGCUGUCUAGUUUUGGCUGUGAUAAUCCUGCAAUCAGAAUGUACUGUAAUCAGAGAGAACAGCUUUCAGAACUUUGUCAUCAGUUCAGGAAAUGUGAUAUUGUUUGCUGGCAGAUUGAAUUCAGAGCUCCUAAAGAAAUACUUUGUCACUCCAAGUAAUUGCCAGUGAUUGCAUAUUGUGCCAAAAUGAAAGCUUGUUGACAGGGAAGCAUAUAUAUCAUUUUCACAUGAAGAAAUUACAGAGGAGCCUAGUUUGAAUAUGUAAUUAAGAACUGGCUGAACAAAAUGUCUUGGGAUUGGACUAACUGCAUUGUCUGUGCUCUAGAUUAGGAAUGGUUUACAAUACCCUUAAUUUAUUUUAAUUGCGCUUUUUUUAUAUAUGUCUCUUUAUCUUGUACAAAACACUCUAAUUAAGACAAUGCAGACUACUUUGACAUUGUUAAAUACUUUCAUGGAAGUGGCUGGGAAAGUCUUAAUGCCAGUAACAUUUUUGAGGACUAAUAUUGUUUAUCUGGGUCAUUUUAGCUCAGGCUGACAUUUUUCUUGUAAAGCAAUGCUAAUAUCCUUUGUAAACUGUUAAUACCCUAAUUGUUUUACACCCAUUAUUGAACACACCAGAAAUGUCCACCAUUAUGAAAAUUGAUAUGCCAAAGGGAGGAACUUGUAUUUAUGAUUGUAUUUAUGGCUGUUGUUUUGUAUUGUCAGCUUGAUUUAAAUGUAGUGGAAGUACAAUAUGUAGGUGUGUGUUCAUGGGUGAAGCACAGCUGUGCAACCCUGUGUUGCACUGAGAUCCAGCAAGGUCUUGCCUCUCCCCCCAGCCACUCAAAACAUCUCAUGCAUCUGAAUGUGACCAUUGAAAUCAGGUUACACUUGCCUUAGUCAAAGCUAUGCUGUGCGAUCUCUGGCACCUAUAAACUAGAUGCUCUUUUCUCCCUUACUUUUCCCAUAUUUGCAUCAUAUCUUUUCUGUUAAGAACAUUUCCACGCAUCUCACCAGUCCUUAACCUGUAUUGUUAGUUUGUUAUUGCAAUGUUAGGGUAAAAUUCCAUGGCUUGUCCUUGGAGCUUGUCCUUGGAGCGGACGCAUUUAUGGCGAUCAUGACGAUUUAUUUUGUCCUUUCUACUCCUCACAAUGAACUUUUGAAAUGCACCAGGGUUGUUCUGUGAGAAAUUUUUAAAAAAUACAGGGAAAGUGUUUGAUUGGCGGCACCAAGCUUCCAUGAAUUGGCAUAAUGGGUCCAAAAGAUAGUUUUCCAAAAGAAGUGCUUGCACCCUCUAAACUGGCACACUCCAGAGAGCGUGCAACCAAGGGUGCGAGAGUAGAGGAAGCAUCAGCUGAGGUUUGGAAUGCAUUUAGCAUCGUAAUUCGGCAACAUUACCUGGACUUUUGAGGACAGGUUACUCAAAAGAUUUGGGUUCACUCAUUUAGUGUACGUUUUGAUAGUAUCUGAUAGUUUCACUAGUUUUGAUAGUAUCUCAUAGUAUCCAUUUGAAACCAAUUUAGCCAGAUAACUAGAUGUCAGGUGUUGCCCAUUGCUGCCAUCCUCUGUAUUUCACCUGAUUGGUUGCAUAUAACAUGAUGUGAGAUUGUCCUUCCAAAAUACAAACUCCUCCAGAAUGCCUAAUUUAACAUUUGUUUUGUGAGCGUCAAAGGCUACAUCCAGGGUACAUGGAAGUAUAUUUAGUGUGAGCUUCAAGGCACUUUGUGGCCCUCUGUGUUUUGGAACAAUGCUGUUGGCAUGGUGUGUUCUUGGUGUGGCCAAACAAACACCUUCCCUAGGGUUUCUUUACUUUUUCCAGUAACCUGGAAAUGAGUUUCAAGCCUAAAAUAAAUAAAUGUGUGAAAUGGGAGCUGUGGGAAACCUGAUGUGAAUUCUGGUGCAGUACCUUUCAUUGGAGUUUUUUUGUCAUUAUAGCCAUGUCAUGAAGGAAGAUCAAUCAAAAAAAAAAAAACAUGGAAGUGAUUUAUACAGGAAAAUGUAAAACCCAUGAAAAUCUAGAAUACUUGUAAGGAUCUACCUGUGUCUGUGGUGUGUCUAUUGUGCAUAUAUCUCAGAAGUGCAAUACUAUGUCUGUCUUUGUGUUGUUCUAUGCACCUGUGAAUGUUGGCCCUACUCCCCCAGCUUCCUACUGUAUGUGUUUAUGUGCAAUACUUGUGUCAGGUGCAUGCUGUUCCCGGUGAUACUUAUAGUCUUAUGCUCCGUAUUUCAGUUUGCACAAAUCAACCCUGCUUUCCAGGCCACUUCAUGGUCCCCCAGAGUAUUCUUACUUUCUGUGAAGCAACAUUCCAUCAUCUUAGAAUAUAACGUGGAUGUGAGAUGAUCGUCUGUUUCAUUGUUUUAACAUAUAUCCAUAAAUAUAGUGGCCUCCAGGUGUAUUCUAUCAAUGAUAAAAUAUUACCAAAAGAUGAUGAUUGAACAGAAGAAAUGCAAGUGCACAAUCAAUAUUCCUGCAUGAAAAUAUGUAAAAUCUUAAUAUUGCAGACAGUGCCCAGAGAAGCAUAGUGAUCCACGUUUGUGCUGUGGUUUCAGAAGAUGAUUCCUAUUUGCGACUCUGCCAUGAACACUACAGACAUUCAGUUCACUGAAAA